AUGGUGGCACUCUCUCAGCGCACCGGCGACCCCAAAUACGCCAACACUGUAUGCACCUCCUCUCCUCCUUCCACGCACCUUCCCUCCCCUCCCCUCCCCUACUUCCACGCACCUCCCCUCUCCUCCCCUCUCCUCCUUCCACGCGCCUCCCCUCCCCUCCCCUCUCCUCCUUCCACGCGCCUCCCCUCCCCUCCCCUCUCCUCCUUCCACACCUUCCCUCCCCUCCCCUCCCCUACUUCCACGCACCUCUCCAUCCCUACCCUCCUUCCACGCACCUCUCCAUCCCUACCCUCCUUCCACGCACCUCUCCAUCCCUACCCUCCUUCCACGCACCUCUCCAUCCCUACCCUCCUUCCACGCACCUCUCCAUCCCUACCCUCCUUCCACGCACCUCUCCAUCCCUACCCUCCUUCCACGCACCUCUCCAUCCCUACCCUCCUUCCACGCACCUCUCCAUCCCUACCCUCCUUCCACGCACCUCUCCAUCCCUACCCUCCUUCCACGCACCUCUCCAUCCCUACCCUCCUUCCACGCACCUCUCCAUCCCUACCCUCCUUCCACGCACCUCUCCAUCCCUACCCUCCUUCCACGCACCUCUCCAUCCCUACCCUCCUUCCACGCACCUCUCCAUCCCUACCCUCCUUCCACGCACCUCUCCAUCCCUACCCUCCUUCCACGCACCUCUCCAUCCCUACCCUCCUUCCACGCACCUCUCCAUCCCUACCCUCCUUCCACGCACCUCUCCAUCCCUACCCUCCUUCCACGCACCUCUCCAUCCCUACCCUCCUUCCACGCACCUCUCCAUCCCUACCCUCCUUCCACGCACCUCUCCAUCCCUACCCUCCUUCCACGCACCUCUCCAUCCCUACCCUCCUUCCACGCACCUCUCCAUCCCUACCCUCCUUCCACGCACCUCUCCAUCCCUACCCUCCUUCCACGCACCUCUCCAUCCCUACCCUCCUUCCACGCACCUCUCCAUCCCUACCCUCCUUCCACGCACCUCUCCAUCCCUACCCUCCUUCCACGCACCUCUCCAUCCCUACCCUCCUUCCACGCACCUCUCCAUCCCUACCCUCCUUCCACGCACCUCUCCAUCCCUACCCUCCUUCCACGCACCUCUCCAUCCCUACCCUCCUUCCACGCACCUCUCCAUCCCUACCCUCCUUCCACGCACCUCUCCAUCCCUACCCUCCUUCCACGCACCUCUCCAUCCCUACCCUCCUUCCACGCACCUCUCCAUCCCUACCCUCCUUCCACGCACCUCUCCAUCCCUACCCUCCUUCCACGCACCUCUCCAUCCCUACCCUCCUUCCACGCACCUCUCCAUCCCUACCCUCCUUCCACGCACCUCUCCAUCCCUACCCUCCUUCCACGCACCUCUCCAUCCCUACCCUCCUUCCACGCACCUCUCCAUCCCUACCCUCCUUCCACGCACCUCUCCAUCCCUACCCUCCUUCCACGCACCUCUCCAUCCCUACCCUCCUUCCACGCACCUCUCCAUCCCUACCCUCCUUCCACGCACCUCUCCAUCCCUACCCUCCUUCCACGCACCUCUCCAUCCCUACCCUCCUUCCACGCACCUCUCCAUCCCUACCCUCCUUCCACGCACCUCUCCAUCCCUACCCUCCUUCCACGCACCUCUCCAUCCCUACCCUCCUUCCACGCACCUCUCCAUCCCUACCCUCCUUCCACGCACCUCUCCAUCCCUACCCUCCUUCCACGCACCUCUCCAUCCCUACCCUCCUUCCACGCACCUCUCCAUCCCUACCCUCCUUCCACGCACCUCUCCAUCCCUACCCUCCUUCCACGCACCUCUCCAUCCCUACCCUCCUUCCACGCACCUCUCCAUCCCUACCCUCCUUCCACGCACCUCUCCAUCCCUACCCUCCUUCCACGCACCUCUCCAUCCCUACCCUCCUUCCACGCACCUCUCCAUCCCUACCCUCCUUCCACGCACCUCUCCAUCCCUACCCUCCUUCCACGCACCUCUCCAUCCCUACCCUCCUUCCACGCACCUCUCCAUCCCUACCCUCCUUCCACGCACCUCUCCAUCCCUACCCUCCUUCCACGCACCUCUCCAUCCCUACCCUCCUUCCACGCACCUCUCCAUCCCUACCCUCCUUCCACGCACCUCUCCAUCCCUACCCUCCUUCCACGCACCUCUCCAUCCCUACCCUCCUUCCACGCACCUCUCCAUCCCUACCCUCCUUCCACGCACCUCUCCAUCCCUACCCUCCUUCCACGCACCUCUCCAUCCCUACCCUCCUUCCACGCACCUCUCCAUCCCUACCCUCCUUCCACGCACCUCUCCAUCCCUACCCUCCUUCCACGCACCUCUCCAUCCCUACCCUCCUUCCACGCACCUCUCCAUCCCUACCCUCCUUCCACGCACCUCUCCAUCCCUACCCUCCUUCCACGCACCUCUCCAUCCCUACCCUCCUUCCACGCACCUCUCCAUCCCUACCCUCCUUCCACGCACCUCUCCAUCCCUACCCUCCUUCCACGCACCUCUCCAUCCCUACCCUCCUUCCACGCACCUCUCCAUCCCUACCCUCCUUCCACGCACCUCUCCAUCCCUACCCUCCUUCCACGCACCUCUCCAUCCCUACCCUCCUUCCACGCACCUCUCCAUCCCUACCCUCCUUCCACGCACCUCUCCAUCCCUACCCUCCUUCCACGCACCUCUCCAUCCCUACCCUCCUUCCACGCACCUCUCCAUCCCUACCCUCCUUCCACGCACCUCUCCAUCCCUACCCUCCUUCCACGCACCUCUCCAUCCCUACCCUCCUUCCACGCACCUCUCCAUCCCUACCCUCCUUCCACGCACCUCUCCAUCCCUACCCUCCUUCCACGCACCUCUCCAUCCCUACCCUCCUUCCACGCACCUCUCCAUCCCUACCCUCCUUCCACGCACCUCUCCAUCCCUACCCUCCUUCCACGCACCUCUCCAUCCCUACCCUCCUUCCACGCACCUCUCCAUCCCUACCCUCCUUCCACGCACCUCUCCAUCCCUACCCUCCUUCCACGCACCUCUCCAUCCCUACCCUCCUUCCACGCACCUCUCCAUCCCUACCCUCCUUCCACGCACCUCUCCAUCCCUACCCUCCUUCCACGCACCUCUCCAUCCCUACCCUCCUUCCACGCACCUCUCCAUCCCUACCCUCCUUCCACGCACCUCUCCAUCCCUACCCUCCUUCCACGCACCUCUCCAUCCCUACCCUCCUUCCACGCACCUCUCCAUCCCUACCCUCCUUCCACGCACCUCUCCAUCCCUACCCUCCUUCCACGCACCUCUCCAUCCCUACCCUCCUUCCACGCACCUCUCCAUCCCUACCCUCCUUCCACGCACCUCUCCAUCCCUACCCUCCUUCCACGCACCUCUCCAUCCCUACCCUCCUUCCACGCACCUCUCCAUCCCUACCCUCCUUCCACGCACCUCUCCAUCCCUACCCUCCUUCCACGCACCUCUCCAUCCCUACCCUCCUUCCACGCACCUCUCCAUCCCUACCCUCCUUCCACGCACCUCUCCAUCCCUACCCUCCUUCCACGCACCUCUCCAUCCCUACCCUCCUUCCACGCACCUCUCCAUCCCUACCCUCCUUCCACGCACCUCUCCAUCCCUACCCUCCUUCCACGCACCUCUCCAUCCCUACCCUCCUUCCACGCACCUCUCCAUCCCUACCCUCCUUCCACGCACCUCUCCAUCCCUACCCUCCUUCCACGCACCUCUCCAUCCCUACCCUCCUUCCACGCACCUCUCCAUCCCUACCCUCCUUCCACGCACCUCUCCAUCCCUACCCUCCUUCCACGCACCUCUCCAUCCCUACCCUCCUUCCACGCACCUCUCCAUCCCUACCCUCCUUCCACGCACCUCUCCAUCCCUACCCUCCUUCCACGCACCUCUCCAUCCCUACCCUCCUUCCACGCACCUCUCCAUCCCUACCCUCCUUCCACGCACCUCUCCAUCCCUACCCUCCUUCCACGCACCUGCCGUGCUCGUAUCCCCCCCCUCUUUCACACACCUGUCCUCGCCUCCUCUCGUGCAUCUCCCCUUCCCUUCAAACCAAUAGAGAAACCUCUCUCCAUGCGCUGUCAAACUAG